CAGGAUUGAGUCAUCACUGAAUAGUUUUAUUAUUUAAUAUUUGGUUAGGAACGAUUAGAUUGUUCUUCCAUCAGCUUAAAGUAAAAUGAUUACAAUUUUAAGGACAAUAUCUAGAAAUCUUAUUAACGAAAAGUUUUCUGUUGUUAAUCGCGUUUGCUUUCCUCAACGACUGACAUAUUUUCAUUCAGGUACAUUUUUGAGGUGUGAUGUAAAGCCGGAAGAAAACGUUAAUGGUUUUGAAUCCAAUAAUCUUACUGCUGAUGAAAUAAAAAAGCGGCAAAAUGACCGAACACAAGUUAUUCCAGUAGAAACAUCCAUGAGAUACCUUAAAAGUUCUGCCUACAAAGAAACCUAUGGAGAUCAAUUAGUUUGGGAGCAGUAUAGGCGCAACCACAAAGGAGCCAUUCCACCGCGUAAAACUCGUAAAACUUGUAUUAGGAAAGGAGUAAUAUCUACCGGAAAUCCUUGUCCUAUUUGUCGUGACGAAUAUUUAGUGUUAGACCACCGAAAUAUUGACUUACUGCAACAGUUUAUUUCACCACAUACGGGUCAAAUUCUAAGUUAUUCUAAAACUGGCCUUUGUCAAAAGAAACAUUUUGAUUUAACAGUGGCCGUUGAACGUGCACGGGAUUAUGGACUUAUAACUUUUGACGUACCAUUUAGAGAAUUCGAUCUCGACGAAUACUACGGAAAAGCUGAAGUAAAAAAUAAAUAACAAACCAGUACACUUUAA